AUGACCAAGGGUAAUCGUUUCACAAAAGUCUUCUGGCAAGCGUAUGAGAUAAAUCAGCAAAAUGCUGCAACACACUGGGUAAAAAUUUAUGACCCUCAAAAGACACGAUUUGAAGUGCCAGAAUCGUACAACCAAAGAACUCAUCGCAGUGGAAAAAAAUGGUCGGUUUCAUUACCUGAUCAAACAUGUCAACGCGGUGAAUUUACUGCUUUUAGGUACCCCUGUAGUCAUGUUAUAGCAGCACGCACCUCCACAAAUCACGAUCCAAUGCAAUACAUUGAUCCGGCUUACAGUGCCGCAUAUCAAUGUCAAGUAUACGCAAGGCAAGGGUACCCAAUCAGCAAUGAGGAUUUUAUCCCACGAAGUCAGGGACCAAUUGUGAUUCCAGAUGUGUUGAUGUGGCGUAAGAAAGGAAGGCCUAAAAGCAAUCGUAUACAAAACGAGAUGGACAUACGUGAAGGAUCAACUAUUCAUACGCGAUGUGGUUAUUGUAGAGUUGUGGGCCACAAUAAGCGUAACUGUCCAAGACGCCAACCUACUGAGCAGAGAUAA